GUUUGGAGACUCCCACCCGGGGAGCGCGGCUGGGUCGCCGGAGCCGGCUGCGUCCUUUGUGCGGCGCUCCGGCGGCGCAGCUGCGGGACGGGGACGGCAUGUGGACGCCGUGGGGGUUUCUCUCCAAUGCCCAAACUCUGGAAAGAGCGCUCUGCGAGGCGAGCAUGGUGUGAGGGGCGCGCGCCGGGGACGCGCACCACACGGGGCAGUCAUGACUUCGGCCGCCGCGGAGAUUAAGAAACCACCACUGGCCCCCAAGCCAAAGAUUGUGGGGGCAAAUAAUCGGUCAGUUCCUCCUCCUGUUGCACCUAAACCUGACACUGUGAUUGCUAGUGCUCCACAACGAAUAAAGAAAACGAAACCAAAAAUUGCACCCAAACCCAAAGUUCUGAAGAGCUCACUUGUUAAUGACAUUGGACAGCCUCCAUCACGGAGAUGCACUGUGAACCUGGAAGAGCAGAAACCAGAAUUACCUGAAAGCAGGGACAACUUCAGUUGCAAAAAUGAAGAGGAGCAGCUGGGCAAUGAUUCUGUUUUACCAGGGUAUUCUUAUUCUUCUGAGUGUACCAGGAAGCCUGGAAGUAGAGAGAAUGUGUAUGUAAAGCAGCUUGUUUUGGAGCCUCUGAAAAUGAAAGAAAAAUUAGAAAAUAGUAAAUUCAACAAGCCCUCUUUGACUACUCAAAGUAGGAAUAAAUGGGAUUCUUGUGAAAAUUGCCGGAGCCCAAGUGGAGUAUUAAAGGCCAGCGUCCUUGGAGAAAAGCUCAAUGAUGUUUCCACAUAUCAAACACCAACUUGUAGUUCUCCACAGAAGCACAGAUCUACAGAAAACCCAGAAAUGAAUGGGGGCCACAAUUCCAACAGACAGUGCAGAACUGAAUUUUCAAAUUUGUCCAGCUUGGAAAAAGUUCCUGCUCCUCAAAACUGCCAUCCACAGCUUCCUGAUUUGCAAAAUCUUAAAACUUGUCAGGACGGCAGUGAAAAAAGCAAUAGUUGUUUUCAUUCAUCUGAACUAGCUGCUCCAGAAAACGAUAAAAGGAAUGCUUUUCUAUCUUCAGAUGUAGUAAGCAAGAAAACAGAAGUUGAAGACUUUCCUCCCCUAAAAAUUUCCUUAGUACCACAUACCCUCAAAUUUCCAACUCCCAAGCCCAGAAAGAAUUUCACUGCUCGUCUGUUACGUCAGAAGUGUGUAGAUACUCCUAGUGAAAGUACUGAAGAAGCUGAGGGUUCAAAUAACAGCUCUUCCUGUUGUACUGAAAAUAAUUUGAAAAGCAGUAAUGUCCAUUUUCUUCAUCAGAAUGUUGUGACUAUCCAGAAACAAAUGGACAAAGAGAAGCCAGAAAAUACAGGUGAAUUGCAUACUGACUGUAGCAGUGACAGCCCAGACAUCAUCGAUUCACAGAAAGCCGUGUGGCAUGCAACAUCCUCCUUUGAAGAAAUGGCACCUUCUUUAGAUACAGAUUCUAAUGUGCCUGGUGACUGCGGGCCAGUAGAUGGUUGUAGCAUGUCACCUGCUGUGGACAAAGGGGCUGAUUUUAUAAGAUGCAGUGCUCUGUCUUUGAGCCUGCCUACGCAGGUUAAAUUAAAGUGCAGUGAACAUCUGCCAGCUGCCUGUAACCUGGAAGUGACUGUCUCUCAAUUGCAAAAGGGAUGUAUAAAGAAAGAAGAAAGUUCUUCAAGAAUUGUCCCCAAGAAGCCUCAGAGACACAGCUUGCCUGCAGCAGGACUGCUUAAAAAGGCUGCCUCUGAGGAGCUUGUGGAGAAAGGUUCUUAUCCUUCUAGUAGAGAAAAAAAUCCGGAGAAAAGUCUAGAAAGCAAUCACCUUCAGCAUUUGGGUGCCCGGAACCAUGGUAUGCCAUCAUCAUCCUAUGAUAUGCCUGGCCAACCAUCAGAAAAACCGGUGUGGAAAUUACCUCAUCCUAUUUUACCCUUUUAUGGGAACCCAGAAUCCCUAAAGUCUAUCAUUGUCUCCUCAAAUACUGAACCUUCCAUUUCUUUGACCAAACCUAGAGCAAAAUCAUUAUCUGCUGUGGAUACGAUCAAGUGCAGUAAGCCUUACAAAGAGUCUCCAAAGAAGAAUUCUUUGAAAAAGUUGCUUAAUAUGAAAUUGUCCAUUAGUUUCUCGAAGAGUGACAUUCAGAAAUUUUGGUCCAAGAGUAGCCAGCUCAAAGAUGCAUUCCCAAGCAGCGUGUCUGGUAAGGAGCAAAAAGGGAUUGACAGUGAUUGGCCUAGCUUCAUGGUGGGAGAAAAGAAGAGAAGUAAACCCACAAAGGCAUAUUCUGCAGAUAACUGUAGCCCUGAAGCUCAAAAGAAGAAGAAAUCCUGGAACCAGACAAGUGCAGCUAAUGGUCUGAGAGCUGAGUCUUUGGAUGACCAAAUGCUGUCUAGGGAGUCAUCACGUCAGGUGUCUAACAAAUCUGUUAUAAGCAGCUGUGCACCAGAGUAUGAAAAUGUACGCUAUUAUGAGGAAAUACCAGAGUAUGAAAACUUUCCAUUUAUUAUGGCGAUACAGAAUUCUCUGGAGUUGGAAUUGCAGAAGUCCAGCAGUGUGGAGGACACUGAUACAAAUGUGUAUGAAGUAGAAGAACCAUAUGAAGCCACAGAUGGCCAGGUGCAACUUGGAUCCAGACCUCAGCAUUCCAGGAGUUCCGGAGCAUCCCAGGAAGUUCAGGAUGAUCUUGACCUUGGUCUUGGUGACCUGCCCUCUGAAGAGGAGGAAGUCAUUAACAGUUCUGAUGAAGAUGAAGAUGCUGGAAUGAAAAAUAAAGUUUGUCACAUUGCCAAGGAGAUCAUGAGCUCAGAGAAAGUGUUUGUGGAUGUAUUAAAACUUUUGCAUAUUGACUUCCGGGAUGCGGUGGCCCAUGCUUCCCGGCAACUUGGGAAGCCCAUAAUUGAGGACCGGAUCCUAAAUCAGAUCUUGUACUACCUGCCACAGCUUUAUGAACUCAACCGGGAUCUUCUGAAGGAGCUGGAGGAAAGAUUAUUGAACUGUCAGCUGUGGAUUGAUGAUUUUGAGUGUCCAGCCAUUGGCAUCCUGAGCUCAAUAUGUGUCAUUAAAAAAUAUUUAAUUGUGCACCCACUUAAGGAGGAGGCAGACUUUAAUGCACGGUGUAGUCACAGCAGAAUCAUGGGCUUACAUCUCUUUGGAGAAAGCAUUGAAAAUUAUUUGAACAAUCUCUUAGAGGACUCUGGAGAUUACAGAGAUACUCAAGAUGCCCUUGCUGUUGUUAUAGAGGUGGCUAACCAUGCUAAUGACACCAUGAAGCAAGGAGACAACUUUCAGAAGCUUAUGCAAAUCCAGUACAGCUUAAAUGGACACCAUGAAAUAGUACAGCCUGGACGUGUUUUUCUCAAAGAAGGAAUUCUGAUGAAGCUGUCUCGGAAGGUCAUGCAGCCCCGAAUGUUUUUCCUGUUUAAUGAUGCCCUGCUGUAUACAACACCUAUGCAAUCUGGGAUAUAUAAACUGAACAACAUGCUAUCCUUGGCUGGAAUGAAGGUCAGAAAACCCACUCAAGAAGGAUAUCAGAAUGAAUUAAAGAUUGAAAGUGUUGAACGUUCCUUCAUCCUCUCAGCCAGUUCUGCCACAGAAAGGGAUGAAUGGCUUGAGGCAAUUUCCAGGUCAAUAGAAGACUAUGCCAAGAAAAAAAUCACCUUCUGUCCCAGUAAGAGUCUUGAUGAGGCAGACUCAGAAAAUAAAGAAGAAGUCAGUCCCCUUGGGUCGAAGGCUCCCAUUUGGAUUCCUGAUACCAGAGCCACGAUGUGUAUGAUCUGCACCAGUGAAUUCACUCUGACCUGGAGACGGCACCACUGCCGAGCCUGCGGAAAGAUUGUAUGUCAGGCUUGUUCAUCAAAUAAGUAUGGUUUGGAUUACCUGAAAAAUCAACUAGCAAGAGUAUGUGAACAGUGUUUCCAAGAAUUGCAGAGAUUAGGUCACCAGCACUCCCCUAGAAUUGGAUCUCCUGGAAACCACAAAUCUCCUUCAAGUGCCUUAUCAUCUGUCUUACAAAGUAUCCCACCAGGGAGGAGACAGAAAAAAAUCCCAGCAGCUCUCAAAGAAGUAUCAGCAAACACAGAAGACUCUUCCAUGAGUGGCUACUUGUACAGAUCAAAGGGCAAUAAAAAAACAUGGAAGCAUUUGUGGUUUGUCAUAAAAAACAAAGUAUUAUAUACCUAUGCUGCAAGUGAGGACGUGGCAGCUUUGGAGAGUCAGCCUUUAUUAGGAUUCACUGUCAGUCAAGUCAAAGAUGAAAAUUCAGAGUCUAAAGUAUUUCAGUUACUGCACAAAAAUAUGGUAUUUUAUGUAUUCAAAGCAGAUGAUGCUCACUCAGCUCAGAAGUGGAUAGAAGCAUUUCAGGAAGGCACAAUAUUGUAGCAGUAUUGGUUUCAUUUCUUCUGUGAUUCCAAGGAUGUGAAUUCAUCAGAAUGGAGUAAAAGCAAUUCAAACAUUAAUAAAAAUGAACUGCCAAGAUAAAUCUAACCAAACUAUUCAUCACAUUUAAGAAGUUAUUUUUUAGGUAUAUGUAGCUAUUUUUUAAAGUUUGUUUUUCAUACGUGUUAUUUAUUAAAAUUUUGAUGUUUACUUGAUGGUCAGAAUUAUUUUUGACAUUCACACUAAAUUAUAAUGUAGUAUUUCUUUAGAGACCAGAAAACUUGCCUUGUACUGUAUUUUGUUAUACUGCCCACACUGCUGUUUUCUCUUUUACAUUAGGUGACAUUUUCCCUAGUGGUAGAGCUUUGUAAGUAACAAUCACAACUCAAGGAGCGAACUUCCAUGCAGUGUUUGGUUUAGAAAUCAUGAUUAUAUCAAAUUGCUGGUAAAAAAAAAAAUUCAUGUCUUUCAAUCAUAACAUUAGAUGAAUUUUUGCUAUCUCUUAGUAGAAAAACACAUGGCCAUCUGCUACCUCAGUAACUGAAAUGAAAUUCCAGUAAUUUAGCUUAAGUAUUUCUACUUUAUGAACAUCUUUGGGCAUGAAUUAAUGGUAUAUCAUCAAAGCAAAGGGAUAGAAAUCUGAAUUUUUUCCAAUUGUAAGAAUGGGGAUGCUUUUCUUUGCAAAGGGAUACAUAUGAUUUUAUGGGCUUUUCAUUUAGUACAUUCUUUUUUUAAAGCUAGUUCAACACAAAAAUUAUUAUAUUUUUAAUAGCAAAAUAUGACAGGUUUUAUAUUACACAAUAUCCCUUACUAUAGUAAGAAACAUAUCGGUGGUAUUAAGACCUAAAAAGAAUGUUAAUUCCUAUAAUAUUGUGUUUUUAAAAAUGAACUGGAAUUACCAUAUCAGAAAAACACAAAAUCUAAGCCAGUAUUACAUUAAAUUGUAUAUUUUUGGAGAGUUUUUUUUUAAUCAUUCUAUGAUAUGGCCUGCUUAGUAAUUAAAAUAAUUUAUUUUUUUAACUGUCUGUACAACUCAUUAGAAAAGAUUUACAGUGGCUGGGAAUGUGAU